CUAUAUAUGAGAUGAUAAGGAUGGCCGAUUUGGAUAAGCCUUGUCUUCACUUGGUUUACGAGUGGUGGGAUACAAUGAUAGAGAAAGUGAAGAAGGCAAUUUAUACUCCCAAGUUUGCCAAUGUCUUAUCAAUUCAUUGUGAUGCAUCAAGGUUUUAUGAUGUGGUGUACUCCACCUUGAUUGCUCGGUGGACUAAGAGUUCCACCUCACUUCAUUGCAUGGCUCACUCUUUGAACCCAAAGUAUUAUAGCUCUCAAUGGCUUGAAGAGGAUCCUAACCGGGUUGCUCCACAUAGAGAUACCGAGCUCACCAAUGAGAGGAGGAGAUGUCUUAUCAAGCUCUAUCCAGAUCCGCAAGUUCGUAAUAAAGUGAUGGAAGAAUAUGGAUAUUUUUCAUUGAACAUGGGUGAUUACUCAAGACCGGAUGCUUUGGAAAACAAGUUUUAUUUUGAGCCUCUAAUUUGGUGGGCCUCCUAUGGAGCUUCUACACCAAGACUCCAAUCUUUGGCUUUGAGGUUGCUUAAUCAACCUUGUUCAUCUUCUUGUUGCGAAAGGAAUUGGAGUACAUAUAGCUUCAUACAAGGUUUGAAGAGGAACAAGUUAGAACCAAAAAGAGCUCAAGAUUUGGUGUAUGUUCAUACAAAUCUUCGACUUUUGGCAAGGGCCGAGCCUACCUAUUAUAAAGAUAGGGACUCAAUGUGGGAUCUUACGGGAGAUGGUCAUGAGUCUAUGGAACCGGGGAUUAAUGAUGAUGUGCUUGAGCUUGCAGAAUUGUCUCUUGAUGAACCGGCAUUAGAGAGGAUGCUUGUUAAUGAUGAGAUGGACUAUUGAAGGUGAUUAGUAGGUGUUGCAUUGUUGAAGGUGCAAAGUUGUUGCCCAAACGUCCAAACUCCAAAGUUGCUGCCUAUUGUGGCUAUUGCAUAUGUCAUUUAUGAACAUCUCUUCAUUUGCACUUACUAAAUCUAUUUGAAGUUGUUUGAUUGUUAUUUGUAAUGGAUUUAGAACACUAUUUUGUUAAUAAGAUUAUCCUUAUGUCA